AUGGUUGUGAUAGAGUACUGUGGCUGUCUUAAUGGGGGUUGGUGUCAGGAGAGUGGUCGCUGUGAUUGUGCUCAGUUCCAGGCUGUGGGAGAUCGCUGUCAGAUCAUUCCUAACACGGGCAAGGAUCGCGAUGGUAUCUGCCGGUCGUGGGGGCAGCACCACUUUGAGACGUUCGACGGGAUGUACUACUACUACCCUGGCUCCUGCUCCUACAUCCUGGCCAAAGACUGCCACUCCACCGAGCCACAGUACACCGUCUGGGUGCACAACAGUCGCUCCUGCCAGGGUUCCGUGUACUCCUGUCCCCGGGCUCUCAGUCUGUUCUUCCCCAAUGAGGAGGAGAUCCACAUCAGGGGCUACCAGGUCCACAAGGGUGGGGUUAGACUGAGCUUGCCCCAGACGGUGCGUAACGUGUUCAUCGAGCGCCUGGCCGACUACAUCCUGGUGAAGAGCACGUUUGGCUUCUCGCUGGCCUGGGACGGCAGUUCCGGAGUCUACCUCAAAAUGACAGACGCACACAAAGGCCGGCCUUGUGGACUGUGCGGGAACUACAAUGACGAGGGAUCAGAUGAUCUGAGCAACAGCAGGGGCCUGCGGGUGGGUGGCCUGGCUGAGUUUGGGAACAGCUGGGCUGUGGACCUGCCCCAGGACCAGCCCUGUGAGGACGUAGAGGACGACUUCCCCGGACCCUGCCAAUCAGAAUCAGAGAUGGAUGACGCCAUUGAGAAAUGCAGCGCUCUCCUGUUCUUUCCUUUCAUCUCGUGCCAUGAGAACAUCGACCCCAAUCCAUUUGUUGCCAGCUGUGUUUCUGACCUAUGUGUGUCUGACGACGAGGAGACGUUUUGUCGGACACUGGUCGAGUACACCAGAGCCUGCUCCCAUGUGGGCUAUCCUGUCAGAGAGUGGAGGGACAGCUUCCCCACAUGUGCCGAUGGCUGUGAGGAGAGUUUUGUGCACAGAGACUGCAUCAGCUGCUGCCCUCCAACCUGCACCUUUGAGAAGGAGUGUCUGGGCACCAACCUGCACUGUCUAGACGGCUGCUACUGCCCUGACGGCCUGAUCCUUCAGAAUGGCACAUGUAUAGCUGUGUCUCAGUGCCCCUGUGUGUACCAUGGCACCCCUUACCCACUCGGGCAUGUGCUGGAGCAGGGCUGCAGUGUGUGUGUGUGCAUGGGCGGAAUGUGGAACUGCACUGAGCACAACUGCACAGGUGAGUGUACUGUGAUGGGGGACACUCAUGUUACCACGUUUGAUGGGCGGAUGUUCGUCCACACGGGGACCUGCCAGUACGUCCUGGCCAAGAGCAGAGGAAACACCAAGUUCACCCUCACACUGCAACACACGGCAUGUGGAGAGUCUCAGGAGCAGUCCUGUAUUCACUCCGUGACUCUGGUGGUGGAUGAGGACGUGAACAGACAGGUCACUCUGACCAGAGAGGGGGAGGUGCUGGUGGGGGCAGGGGUCAUGGCCAACCUGCCCUACACUGAUGAGGUGGUGGAGGUGCGCAGGCUGACAUCAGUCUUCACCCAGCUGCGUGUGUCUCUGGGCCUGAGACUGCAGUACGAGUCUCGCGCCGGACGGAUUUACCUGCAGCUGGACAACACCUGGAGGGGAAACACACUCGGCCUCUGCGGAACCUUCAACGGAAACCUGCGCGACGACUUCCUUUCUCCAGCAGGUAUGAUUGAGGGCACUCCACAGCUUCAUGUGAAUGCAUGGAGGGUCUCGUCAGCCUGCAGCAGUCCUGUCAACAUCCCCAUCAUAGACCCCUGUGAAAUGAACCAGCAGAAUGUGUUCUACUCGUCCAUGUGCGAUGUGAUGACAGAGGCCCUGUUCUCCCCGUGCCACGCCUACGUCAGCCCCACCGUCUACCACCAGCAGUGCCGCUACCAGGCCUGUCGCUGCGGCAACAACUGCCUGUGUUCCGCUCUGGCCCACUACGCAUACGUGUGCUCCCAACAUAACGUCAGCAUCAACUUCAGAGCAGUCGUCUCCGAAUGUAGCGUGCUGUGUAUGGGCGGGAUGAUGUACCAGUCGUGCACGACGUCGUGCGGUCAUACGUGUGAGUCGGUGAGCCGCGGGGAGGUGUGUAACGGGGACUGUGCCGAGGGGUGCAGCUGUGGAGACGGAGCUAUCUACGACGGCAUCCGACAACGCUGCGUACAACACUGCAGAGACGUGGCCACAGGUGCAUCCCGCGUGGGCGUGGCCUGCGAGGUCACCUGCAGGAACCUGAUGCUCAACCUCACCUGUCCGCCCACCACCCCCUGUGUGCCCGGCUGUGGGUGCCCUGCAGGGUUGGUGGGGCAUAAUGGCGAGUGCUACUACCCAGAGAACUGCCCCUGUGCCUGGCUGGGACUGGAGUAUUUACCUGGAGAGACCGUGGACACACCCUGCUACAGAUGUGUGUGCCACCACGGCUUCUUCAACUGCACCUACACUCCCUGCCCGGCGGUCUGCACCAUCUACAGCGACCGCCACUACCACACCUUCGACGGCCUUGAAUACGACUAUGCCAGCGACUGCCAGGUCUAUCUGGUCAAGAGUGUGGGAGGCACAGAGGUGGCCAUUAUGGCUCAGAACAAGGACUGCUACGAGAGCGGCAUCGUUUGCAUGAAGUACCUGCAGAUCUACAUGGGCCUCACCAAGAUCUACUUCAGCGACAACUCGGGCAAACCGAGCUCCUCGACGGUGAUUGGCCGGGGCUUUGAGUUUGAGCUGUGGCAGGCCGGGUAUUACACGGCGGUCCACUUCCCCAACCAGGACCUGACCGUGCUCUGGGACCGCAAGACCACCAUACACAUAAGAGCUGGACCGCAGUGGAAGGGUCAGCUGAGUGGCCUGUGUGGGAACUUUGACAUGGAGACGGUGAAUGACAUGACCACCGCUGGACACAUGGAGAUUAGCAACCCACAGGCCUUUGGAGACAGCUGGGCCCUGGGACAGUGCGAGAGUGAUUUUCUGGUGAAGAGGCCGUGCGAGGGGGACUUGAGCCGGCAGCCGUACGCUAAGCGUGAGUGUGGACUCCUCUACAGCGAUGUCUUCGCCCCCUGCCACAACGUGGUGGAUGUGACCUGGUUCUACAGGAACUGCCUGACGGACACCUGCAACUGUAACCGUGGGGGGGACUGUGAGUGCCUGUGCACAAGCAUUGCUGCGUAUGCACACAAAUGCUGCCAAAAUGGGAUCGCCAUUCAGUGGAGGUCUCCUACAGUGUGCCCCUAUGAUUGUGAAUAUUACAACCAAGAGCUUGGGGAUGGCCCCUACACACUGUGGAGUGGCGCUGCUAACGACUCCGACUGUGUGUUUGGGGCGAACGUGAGCAGCGGAGAGGUGUUUCCCCUGCUCAGAGCCGGCCUACAGACACAGACGCAGACCGCCGCCGUCUUCAACUUCAUGAUCACCGCAGGACUGCACAAGGACCGAGCCUCACGUCUACCAGUUGUCUCCUUGGAGUCUGCAGAACGUCCCAACUACUUCCUCAGUGUCACAGAAAGCCGCACGCUGCGAUUGGAGCGUUGGACUGUGGGGGCGGAGUUUGGGCUCCGGGCCUCUUUUAUCCAUCACCAGGGCCUGUGGUUGCCACGGCGAUCCUCGUUCGAGCUUCUGGGCCAGAAGGGUGUGUUUCUCUCCCUCACACACACAGCAGCGCGAGCACAGAGCUAUGACAACACACUCGCCUUUAAGAGCAGCAGCAGCUUCACCAUGGAGGAGAGCAGUCUGGUGAUCCCGUACCGUCUGAUGUGUGAGUGGAAGUUCCACGCCUGUUCCAGUCCAUGUGUGAGGACAUGCGGUGACCCUGACGCCACUCGCUGCCUCUUCCUGCCCCCCGUGGAGGGCUGCUUCCCACACUGCCCGAAGAACAUGGUUCUGGAUGAGGUCACAAGACGCUGUGUGUACAUGGAGGACUACACACCCACGCCCACCACGCUUCUUCAGCCAAUCACCACCGCCCGUCUCUCCACCGCCCAGACCACGCACCCUCCCAGCAUCACCUCUGCUGUCACCACGACGACGGCACAUCCUCCUGCGGCCACUACGGCACAUGUAACCAUGGUGACGCAGACCACACCCACUAUCACCACACCUCCCACCGAGUCGGGUACCACACCAACCAUCGCCUCCGCUCCCACCACACCCAAAGCUGUUGCUGUGGAAACCAUGAUUCCCCCUUUUCUCCUUCCCACUGCACCUUGCACACCUCCGUACUCUGUGCGAGUGGAUGAGUGCAGUGAGUAUAUCUGCUUUAACGGGCAGCUGAUGCUGCACAACGCGUCUCAGCACUGCAGGAACAACGUCAGCCAGCCCUACUGCAACCUGCUGGGCAUGCCCAUCCAGACCAACACAGACCCCUGCUGCCCUCAGUGGAGAUGCCCCUGCCGCUGCUCUAUAAUCUCUGACCUGCGUGUGAUCACGUUCGACGGGAACAACGUGGCCAUGUACGAUAACGGCUCCUACAUCCUAGUACAUCUGCCCAGAGAGAAUAUAGUCGGUCAUAUCGAGAAGUGUCCCACUAGUGAGACCCCUACUGGCGGAACGUCAGGUCUGUGUUUUAAGAGGCUCAACAUCACCACUCACUCCUACAGGAUCAUGAUUAACCGGCUGGACAGAAAGGUGUCGGUGAACCAGAGGACGGCCAGAUUGCCCUUCAGCAGGCACAGUCUGCACAUCGACGACACGGGCACCAUGUAUGUGGUCCAGACGCCCGGAGGGGUCAGCCUCCAGUGGUACCACAGCACGGGCAUCAUGGUGCUGCAGUACACCGCCCCCCUCAACACCACCACCCCCACCAGGGGGCUCUGCGGUUGCUGUGAUGGGAACCCAGCUGACGACCUGCGCCUGCCCAACGGGACGGUGCUGCGGGAGGUGGAGGACAUCCCAGCAUUCCUGCAGAGCUGGAUGGUGGCCACGUCCGAGGAGACCGACUACUUCCGCCGCGUCGGGGACAACUGCACCACGGGCAACUGCUCCAAGUGCUUCACCAUGCUUAACCAAAGGCCUUUCGCACAGUGCCACCACAAGGUUUCUGCAGAGCAAUUCUGUGAUAAGAUCUUUGCUGGUGACCUCCACUAUAAGGACCAUGAGUGUGACUUCCUGGCUGCAUACGUAGCCAUCUGCUACACUCACCAGAUCUGCAUCAACUGGAGGAAACCCAAUUUCUGCCCGCUGAAGUGCCCGACGGGUAAAGAGUACCAGCCGUGUGUGAACACGUGUCAGACCCGCACCUGUCAGAACCGAGACUACUACGAGGAGAGCACCUGCUCGUCUAUCAGGGAGGAGUGUGUGUGUAAGAGUGGCACCAUCCUCCACCGCGCAGACUCGGCUUUCUGUGUCACAGAGGACCGGUGUGCAUGUACGGAUAACGACGGCGCUCCACGCUCAGCGGGGGAAGAGUGGAACGGUUCCUUACGCGGGUGCUGUUUGUUCCGCUGUCUGGAGAACGGCAGCGUGGUGUCGGUGGAACCGGAGUGUGAGGAGAGCCCUUCACCGCUGUGUGAGAGGGAGGGAGAGUCUGUGGUGGACGUGUUGGAGGAGGGAGCCUGCUGCCCCAAGAAGAUCUGUGAGUGUAAUGUGACUCAGUGCCAGAGUCGUAUGCCCAGAUGUGACCAUGGCUACAAGCAGCAGAUUGGCUACAGCCCCCUCUCCUGCUGCCCAGAAUACCGCUGUGAGUGUGAUCCCGUGUCCUGCCCCAGUGUUCCGACGCCUGAGUGUAGAGAGGAUCAGUUCCUGGUGGAGGUGCGACAGGAACGCAGCUGCUGCUACAGCUUCCUCUGUGUAUGUGAGUCCUGUAUUGACCCCAUCCCAACCUGUUUGCUUGGAGAGAUUCUGGCUGUGGACAUGAACACAACAAACCACUGCUGCCCCCAGUAUCAGUGCGUGUGUGACGUAAGUGUGUGUCCUGAGCCUACAGUGAGUUGUGCCCUGGGAACUUCUCUGGUCAGGAAGCCAAUCAGAGGGCAGUGCUGCCCUGAGUACCACUGUGAAUGCCAGUGUGUGAAUAUCUCCCGGCCAUUCUGUGCAGUGAAGGCUGAGGUGUGUUUGUUUCAGGAGAGGACUGUGUUGAGCCCGGGUCAGUCCAUGAUUCAGUACUUUGAGGGGGAUCUGUGCUACACCGUCCACUGCCUCCACCAGAGAGACCCACAGACUGGCUACUACGCCAUGGACAUCGCCACUGUCAACUGUUCUGAGAAAUGUGAACCUCACCAGAUGUACGUGCCUUCCUCAGACCCCCAUGUCUGCUGUGGUUCCUGCAAGAACGUCUCCUGUUCCUUCACUGCUGAGAACGGCACCUCAGAACUUUUCAUGGCUGGUAGCUCGUGGGUGUCAAACUGCACUCGCUAUGACUGCAUAGAGACAGCAGUGGGCGCUGUGGUGCUGGCCUCAGGAGUCGUCUGCCCACCUUUCAAUGACUCAGAAUGCAUACAGAAUGGCGGUGUGGUUCAGACUUAUGUUGAUGGCUGCUGCAAGACAUGUAAGGAAGAUGGUAAGACAUGCAAGAGAGUUGCCAUUCGGACAACGAUUCGAAAGGACGACUGCCGCAGCAAUACACCAGUGACUGUGUUCUCUUGUGAUGGAAAGUGUCCGUCGGCCACCAUUUUUAACUUCAACAUAAACAGUCACGCUCGCUUCUGCAAGUGCUGCAGAGAAAAUGGCCUCCAGAGCCGCGUGGUGCAACUCUACUGCACGCGCAAUGCCACCACUGUGGACUACAACUACCAGGAGCCCAUCGACUGCUCCUGCCAAUGGAACUAG